AUGUCAUGGCUCCUGGAUCGCCGCGGGGCAACAGACGUCAACGACAGCCCCACGCCAACAUUGAACAUUUGUUUGGAAGCGAGCGUUCGACUCUUUGCACGCCCACCAUCGCCCUCGACGCACUCGCAAGAUCCGUCCACAGCUUCCGAGCCGAGAGAUCCACUUGCUGCAGCACCCGCCACCGCCAUGCAGCGCACCAGAAACGUGGGCUACGACGACGACGACCUCUACGAUGACGACGACGACUACUACGAGGAAGACGAGGCCGAGGCCAUGACGGCAGACGACAAGGAGCAGAUGCGCACCAGCACCGCCAGCGCGCGCGAGGCCCUGGGGAGCGCGGGGUCCACCAUCAGCGACGCCCAGAUCCAGGAGGCGCUGUGGCACUACUACUACGACGUCGGCAAGAGCGUGAGCUACCUGAAGAACAAGUUCGCUGCGCUGCCCACGGCGCCCAAGCCAGACGCACAGCCCAAGAAGGACAAGCCUGCCUCGCGCUUCGACCAGGCUGCGAGUGCGGCUGGAGAGAAGGCGCCUGUCCCUGCCGGUAAGCAAUCUCUUGACCUGUACAGCUGCGUCGAGUCAGCCUACCCCGUUGCGCCACAGCCACCUAGUGCUAUGCCACAGCCACCUAUCACGAUGCCACUGCCACCUACCACGAUGCCACUGCCACCUAGUGCCAUGCCGUCAAUUAUGCAUGACUUCUUCGCCGACGCUCCCUGGGCCAACAUCCCCGCCCACAGACGCGGCGUCAUCACCGUCGACCAACCAUGCUUCCGCGGUGGUCUGCUCGGUGGCUCGUCGAAGCUGGCCGCGCUCGCAGCCAAGCGCAGGAAGGAGCGAGAAGAAGCCCAGGCGGCCUCCAACGCCAACGCCGAGACAGACGCUGCCGUCGCCAUGCUCGACAAGCUCACGGUCAAGAGCAGAGACGCCACAACAGCCGCAGCAGCUGACCGUCCCUCGCGCAUCGCAAAGUACACGGCUCGAAAACGCUCUCCGUCUCCCAAGCCUGAAGCCCCAGUCGUAGACACAGCGCCCGAGCCGGAAGCACCCAAGCCAGCCAUCGAGGUCGAGCACCCGGCGCAGCGAGCCACAGCCUCCAUGUUCGCAUCCACUCUUUGUGGCGCCUCUCACCCAUCACAACCCCCACAGACCCUGCACCAAGACUACCCAGCGCCUUACAGCCACUACAAAGACUACCAAAAUGCAAGACCGUUCGAGGGCCCCAGUCCUGACGACAUCGUACGAGCGGCGCAGGCGAGCAAAGGCGCAGGCACGGGGCGGCGUUGA